GAAGAGGAGGCGUCCUGCACAGUUGGGUCCAGAGGAGAGGAUCGGCCGCCAUGUUAACCAAGAAGCCCGGAACCUCGGUCCUUCCGACGGGCAAAACGGGCGAGCCGGUGUACUCUCCCGGUCACAGCGGCUCUCAGACUACGUCGCCCGUCGCCCUGCCGCCACUUCGCAACAAUAACCAUAAUCCUCUGACGGGAGGCCCUAAAGUCGCCAUGUCGGACGCCGUCCAGCUGUCGUCGCAGUCGCAGGUCCACGUCACUCAGCUCUACGAGGAGAACACCAACAAGCGCCCGGUCCUGACCUCCCAGCCCAACGGCCUGGCUCCGUUCAGCUCCUCCCGAUCGGGCCUGCCGCUGCCGGACCGACAGACCUCUGCGUCAGAGCCCCCCCACCACUGCCGCCAGAGCAGCGCCGCCUCCAACAAGUCGACGGACAGCAAGCCGAAGCCCAGCCCCAUGUCCCCGGAGCAGGCCAUGAAGCAGUUUGUGUCCAAAAUGUCUUCGUUUGAGCACCACGAGGUGUUCAACUACCCCGAGGUGUAUUUCAUUGGCCCGAGUGCUAAGAAGAGAUCGGGGGUCCUCGGUGGAGCCAACAACGGCGGCUAUGACGAUGAUCAGGGGUCCUACAUCCACGUACCGCAUGACCAGAUCGCCUACCGCUACGAAGUCCUGAAGGUCAUCGGCAAAGGCAGCUUUGGACAGGUGGUGAAGGCCUUCGACCACAAGACUCAGACCCACGUGGCUCUGAAAAUGGUCCGGAACGAGAAGCGCUUCCACCGUCAGGCAGCAGAGGAGAUUCGCAUCCUGGAGCACCUGAAGAAGCAGGACAAGGACUCAACCAUGAACGUCAUCCACAUGCUGGAGAACUUCACCUUCCGAAACCACAUCUGCAUGACCUUCGAGCUGCUCAGCAUGAACCUGUAUGAGCUCAUCAAGAAGAACAAGUUCCAGGGCUUCAGCCUCCCGCUGGUCAGGAAGUUUGCCCACUCCAUCCUUCAGUGUCUCGAUGCGCUGCACAAGAACCGCAUCAUUCAUUGCGACCUCAAGCCCGAGAACAUUUUACUCAAGCAGCAGGGACGCAGCGGCAUCAAGGUCAUAGAUUUUGGUUCCAGCUGCUAUGAGCAUCAGAGGGUUUACACCUACAUCCAGUCCAGGUUCUACAGGGCGCCGGAGGUUAUUCUGGGCUCCAGGUAUGGGAUGCCCAUCGAUAUGUGGUCUCUGGGCUGCAUCCUUGCUGAGCUGCUGACCGGUUACCCCUUGCUGCCGGGCGAAGAUGAAGCUGACCAGCUUGCCUGCAUCAUCGAACUACUGGGUAUGCCCAGUCAGAAGCUCCUUGACGGCUCCAAGAGAGCGAAGAACUUUGUGUCAUCCAAAGGCUACCCGCGGUACUGCACCGUGACCACGCUGCCUGACGGCAGCACAGUGCUAAACGGCGGGCGCUCACGGCGGGGGAAAGUGCGCGGCCCCCCGGGCAGCAAGGACUGGAGCGCAGCACUGAAGGGCUGCGAUGACCCGGCAUUCGUGGACUUCCUCAGACAGUGUCUAGAGUGGGACCCGACGCUCAGGAUGACACCCAGUCAGGCACUACGCCACCCGUGGCUGAGGAGGCGGCUUCCAAAGCCUCCCACAGGAACCACCACAGGGGAAAAGACCUCGUCAUCCAAACGUGGCACGACCACCACCGAUGGCGCCAUCACCUCCAUCUCCAAGCUCGCCACCACCUCCUCGACCACAACAUCCUCCUCCUCCAAAACCAGGACUAACUUGGCAGCGAUCACAGACGCCAACGGAAACAUCCAGCCGAGGACGGUGCUGCCCAAGCUGGUUAGCUGAGAGUGAAUGCACCCCGCUCGCUGCAGUGGGACAAACCAGCUAGAACUGAAUAAAACUGGUUUCGUCAAAUUUGACGAGCGUUUGGUUUUUCAGCGUUGUUGGGGUGCGUUCAGAACAAAUAGUCGCAGAAACUCGGCGUGGAAACAUGCGGAGCGGCCAGGCCGCCGCAGGAAACCUGAUUUGAUAAACUGGGUUGCGUUCAGGAACGCCUCAAAUUCUCAGUCUGUUUACAUUUUGAGCAGCGAGACUCAAAGUGACCACACUUUUUUUUGAGCUGACCAUGGCGCUGCUCAGACAAUCAGAACACAACACACCACUCUGUAGCUCCAGACUCUCAAACACAUCAACAACAUGGUGCUGACGGAGGGAACAAAGCUUUUUCUAAAAGUGUUUUUAGCACAGAAUCUUUUUAGCUGGUUUGAUUAAUCAAUUUAACAACUUCAGUCUUACAAGGUUAUAUCCAAACACAGCGUAGGCCUUACGAAGGAGGUUAACUGAUAGUUCAGUUCGAUAUAUCCUUUUAAUACUAAAGCUAUAGCUGUGCAGUGAUUAGCUUUCUAGUCUUUGUUUCAUAUCACAGUGAAAAAGUUAGUUGAAUUUCAGUGUGGGGGACACUGGUGGGCAUUUGUUAAAACCCCAACUCAACCACCUCCUUGCUAGCUGGCUAACUUUGUUAGCUAGCUUUUGUUUUACAGUGUAGCUAGCCUGUUUUACCAUGCUAGCAUAGUGCCUGUCAGCUGGCUAACUGUUAGCUGGCACUGGUUAGUUGUUAGACAGCUACAUUUGUGCUUAGCUGUCCUAUUGCUAGCUAUUUACUGUUUAACUGGCUAGCAGUUAGCCUAGCAAACUUUUAAUCAGUCAGCUAGCUAUAGCUGGUUCCACGUUUGCCUUUUCUGGCAGUCUGGUGGCUAGCCUUAGCCUGUUUUUAGCCAUAGCUCGUUAGCUCUCCACUUCCCAGCCUUACGAAGCACAGACAGAAUGACGUGUUUUUAAUUUCUGUAUUUUAGUGUUUUUGAUGGAGAAAAAAUGCCUGAAAAGAUGAAUAUUUGUUUGAAUUUCACGAGCACCAGUUUGUUCUUUGUAAUGAACCAAACCUGAUCACCGAGGGGGGGUUAAAGAGGGUUUAUCACAGAGGAGAUGGGAGUUAAUAGACAUGUUAUAAAUAAACUCAAAGUGCAUGAAUUAAAAAAAAUAAAUUAAAUGUUGGAAACCAAAGUGUGAAUGAAAGACAGUAAAAAUGUUUUUAAUAGCCAUUUUAAAUAGUAUUUAAUAAUUUUUAUUGUACAGAAAAUUAAAAGGUGAUGAUUGAACUUCAUGCAGCAGAAAGUACCUUUCAUAUAAGCCCAGAGGACAAAAAAGUUUAUCUAAAGAUAAAACCAACUUCUACACAAAUCCUCAGGAGCAGCUGAAGAUGUUUCUCCAAAGAUGGCUGUAAGCAGCUUUAUGCUUAUUUCUUUAGCUUCUCCAUAAAUUUUCCUCUAACCAUAGGGAGGUCCUUCCAUGUCGUGGUUUUCUGAGGCUGGAGAACGAUGCGUCGUGAACGCACCAUCUUAAAAAUGGAGCAAACAGAGGGCUUCCAUACAGGAAGCAUCUAGCAUUAACGUCAGUGAUGUUCAGCUGCUCAUAGCAGCACUGGGUGGUGGGUGAGUCCAGCUCUGAGGUCAGCGAUUGAAGCGACUACCAUGCUGCCUGCUGAGGUAUGCAGGGUGUGGUAAACACAUUAAAGGGUAACCUGUAAUCUGCAGUGAGCUGCAAGGCACCCUCAGGUGCACUUACAGCUCUUUCUGGCAUGAAGAAAUUUCAUUGCCACUUCCUGCUGCGACUGGGCUCAAAUGAUGCCGAUUUAUUUAUAUUAUUGAUUGCAUUGGAGUAAAUCUGCUAAUAUGCUGAUCGAAGUUCAGUCUUGAUAAAUUUAUCAGACGGGGUGGGAUAGGAGAUGCUUUUUAUUUAUUUGCUACACGUUAAUAUUUAUUAAUCUAAUCUACAUAUUAUGUGCAGUUCAUACUGUAAACUUGAAUGUGUGUGUGUGUGUGUGCACGAGUGCGUGUAUGUGUUUAUUGUAUGUAGUACCGCGUGUGUGUGUGUGAGAGAGAUAUCAAGGUUUUCUUAAGGCUUGUUCCCUCAAAUACACACAUUUACACACACACACACACACAGCUGUAUCUGAACGCACUCUAAAAAUUCGGAGGCGGGUGAUGAUGAAGAUGAUAAUGAUGAAGAGGAGGUGGAGGAAGGCUGGCUGUGAGCGGCGUCGGCCUGGUGAUGUAAUGUAGCACGCAGGAAGCGGACGAUGAUGCCGCGACACUCAGAAGGAACUGUUAAUGUAAAAACACAGACACUACCUGCUCCGCCCAUCUCAGGGGAAGCUCCGCCCCCCUCCUCGAGGAAAAGGAUAAGGAGGAAGAGGGGGGGGGUCCUCUCUGAUGUUUUUGUUUGUUCUGAGGAUUUGACUGGUUGUUUUUUGUUUUUGUUUUUUUUAGUGAGAUGAAGUGCAGAGAGUCGUAACUGUGUGCCUUCAGUAUCUCAUCGCCAUGCCACACCCACCCACCCAACACACACACACACACACACACACAUUUUCAGUGGUGAUGUCAUAGUGUUAGUCACAAAAAUUAACAACAGAACCUCCCAGGAAGUCCUUCAGUAUCCUUCGGUGCCACUCACAGCAGCAUGGUGAGCUUUACUGGCCAGAGUCUGGAUGCUGAUCAACUCCUGGUUUAUUUCUUUAAAUCCCAAAGACACCACGCCAACCUGUAUGACCUAUGACCUCUAAAUCCCUGAUCUGAAAUUAGACCCUUGGAUAGUUCUGGUUUUCCAGUCCAGCGGAGAUGCAAGCACAGUUUACAGAGCCAACAGUAGUGCAGCAGAAAGCUGAAACAGUCUCAAAAGUGGAUACAAGCACCAAAAUUUCCAGUUUGGCUAUCGUUUCCAUCCGAGUAAGCAGCUGUUUUGUAGAAUUUCAACCACUGGAUAAAUUUCAGAGGUUUUACUUUUGUUUUUUAAGGCUUUCGACUGUAAGUCAGAUUUAUAGCUAAGAACUCCCUCCGUUGGUUGCGGUGACAUGUGUUGCAUGUUGCUUUGGUGGUCUGAUGACAGCAGGACUCUGCCCUGUGCCAAUUUAUUCACAUCCAUUUAGGCAAAUUCCAGGUGUUCAGUGGAUGAAGGUUCCUUUGCUUUCUUAUCCAGCUCAUGGGAGCUCAUCCCAGAUGUUGGGUGACAGGUGGGGCACACCUGGGGGCCAUAGGUUGGACAUAGAAGAAUACAUGUGCCAGUUUCAGUGCUUGUAUCCACUUUCCCUGUAAUGCUCUCUGCUGCGUGCCAACUCACCAGCCACAGUAGCUUUAAACUGCUCCGCACGGAUAGCCACAGGUGUGUGUCUCUGUGUGUGUGUGUGUGUGUUGAGAUGUUUGGGGGGGUAUAACAUGGCUGCACAAUGUACAGACACAUAUCAGCCAACUGUCGCCACGUGUCGCCACGGUACAGACCGGCAACACCUGCUGACGAUAGGGCUCAGCUAACACUAGCCGUUCAACUGCUAGCACGCGGCUGCUAGCUGCUGCACUGAUGUUUGUUUUCUCUGCAGUGAUGCUAACACUAGCCUACUGCUAAAUGAAUGCUAGUAGCAAACAGCGAGUUUUACCUGCUAGCAUCGAGCUCCGCACAGUGGGUGUACGUGCGAGCCAUUAGCAUUAGCAUUAAUGUGGUUUUAAAGUGUUCUUUUUUUCAUGUUGGUACCUCAGAUCGCUCAGUUAUUAUGAUUAUUGCCGCUGUCAAUGUUGUGACUAACACCCAGGGCAUUUGGUUGAAUCUACCAAAGUGCAUUCCUUUUCAAAGCUAGCUCAGAGCUAGCUGCUCAGACAGACAUGCAGGUAGGCAGGAAGUACAACAGAAGGCAAAGAGGAAGUGAGCGGGAAAGCGAUUAGGUUGGUCAUACAUUGUUUAAAAUUUUAUUUAAAAUAUUGUCACUGGCUGCAGUCAUGCUCAUGAAGUUUGAUUUAAAUAACCUCUCGGUAGCAUUCAGUUUUUUUUUUGUUUUUUUUUUAAAACAACCAUAUUUUGGCUAUCUCACUAGCUCAAUGCUCAGCUAGCCUAAACACUCAUUAGCUAUUUAGCUUUUUUUGGGGGGGGUCUUUGCAGCCAGAGGUUAGCAUCUGAUAGCGUGAAGAUGCGCUGUAUUUCUGUGAUGUUUGCCAGCUGGGUUUUAUGAUUUUAUCUGUAAAUAAUGUGCAAAGUGUUUGAAUAAUACCAUUUUUGGAUGGGUUUGGGUAUUAAAUGCGCUGAUGUGCCACGCCGCAGCCAGUUUUACAAUGUACUGUAUCUACUGUACAGACCACAGAAGUUGACACUUUUCUAGUGAGCCUUUGUUAAAUUUUAUUGU